UUAUAAAGAGCGCCACGAGUCGGCAUUGUCAGGCGGCGGCACCGCGCGGGCCCGAGCGAGCUGUGCUGAUCGGUGAUCUCCUUGCGGCGCGGCGGAGGAGGGGGACGCGAGGUCGCGGCAGCUCCGUCGGCGGACGGAGGCGAGGCCCGGCAGCGCGGGCGUGAGCGCGGCCGAGCCCGCGGCGCCUUCCCUGCGGGUGGGGACGAGCGGGCCCCGCGGCGUCAUCGGCGCGAGGAGCCGCCGCGCCCCGGCCUAGCAUGUCGGAAGCGGGUGAGGAGCAGCCCAUGGAGACCACGGGCGCCACCGAGAACGGACACGAGGCCGCCCCCGAAGGCGAGUCGCCGGCGGGGGCGGGCACCGGGGCCGCGGCGGGCGCCGGAGGCGGGAGCGCGGCGCCCCCGGCCGGCAACCAGAACGGCGCCGAGGGCGACCAGAUCAACGCCAGCAAGAACGAGGAGGACGCGGGAAAAAUGUUCGUUGGUGGCCUGAGCUGGGAUACCAGCAAAAAGGACCUAAAGGAUUAUUUUACCAAAUUUGGAGAGGUCGUUGACUGUACAAUAAAAAUGGACCCAAACACUGGCCGGUCAAGAGGGUUUGGGUUUAUUCUCUUCAAAGAUGCAGCCAGUGUGGAGAAGGUCCUAGACCAGAAGGAACACAGACUGGAUGGCCGUGUCAUUGACCCCAAAAAGGCAAUGGCCAUGAAGAAGGACCCGGUAAAGAAAAUUUUUGUGGGGGGUCUGAAUCCUGAAGCCACUGAGGAGAAGAUCAGAGAAUACUUUGGCGAGUUUGGGGAGAUUGAGGCCAUUGAGCUUCCAAUGGAUCCAAAAACGAACAAAAGACGAGGCUUUGUUUUCAUCACCUUCAAAGAAGAGGAACCUGUGAAGAAGGUUCUGGAGAAAAAGUUCCACACCAUCAGUGGAAGUAAGUGUGAAAUCAAGGUGGCCCAGCCCAAAGAGGUGUAUCAGCAGCAGCAGUAUGGCUCUGGGGGCCGCGGGAACCGCAACCGAGGGAACCGAGGCAGUGGCGGUGGUGGCGGAAGCGGAGGUCAGAGUCAGAGUUGGAAUCAGGGCUACGGCAACUACUGGAACCAGGGCUACGGCUACCAGCAGGGCUACGGGCCCGGCUAUGGCGGCUACGACUACUCGCCCUAUGGCUAUUACGGCUACGGCCCCGGCUACGACUACAGUCAGGGUAGUACAAAUUACGGGAAGAGCCAGCGACGCGGUGGCCAUCAGAAUAACUACAAGCCGUACUGAGGCUUCGGCAGGAUGCCCGACCGAUCGCACACGCUUUGUUUGGAUAUUGAGUGAACACAAUUAUGUACCAAAUUUAACUUGGCAUACUUUC